UAUUCCUGACUUGUACUUGAUAUUCUAUGUAUUUUUGAAUAGUGAAAGGCUGGUGGGGAUAAAGUAAAAUGUGUAACGUGUUUUUGUGCAGGUUUUCCUUUGCGAAAUUAAAAGCGCAUUAGAGUUUCGCUGCAGUUUUGCCUCAUUAAACGCAAAACUUGAAGUAUCAAAGUAUUAACCGUCAUCUCAACUAUUUCGGGAAAUAACAAAUAUUUAUCAUUUCCAAUAUUUUUAUUUGCUAGAUACCAAACCACGCCAUACAGCUGAACUUAAAAAAUAUAUAAGUGCCGAAAUAGCCUAAAAGAAACGUUUGGAGUAGAUCUGAAAUCCCAAACCCCAUUAAUUCCCUUUCGGGUCGAUGCGUAUACAUGUUUUACAAAUUGCUUCGAAAUGUUGAACAUUCCCCAAGAUUAUGGGGGAACUACAAUCGCUCAAUAUUGCCCCAAAUGGAUUGAAACUUCACAGGGAUGUAAAUAACAACUCCACAAGCAGAUCGGCUAUGAUGGGGAGUUGGCUUUUGUUGGCGGUUUUCGUCGCGGCUGUCUUCAUUGACAAAGGGUCUUGUCGGGCUAAACCCGAGGUCACGUGGUACGACCAGCCUAAAGUCUCAAACAUCAAGUUACCCUACCUCCAAGGCAUGUCAAUUAACGCAACCGCUGACAAGCAAGUACCGCAGUACGACACCACUACUAGUAUGCCUCCGACACCACUCAAAACAAUCACAGACGUUAUCAAUGAGAGGAAACUACUGAAGAGUGAAGAUAGCAGCGCAGUAGCAAAUAAAUCCCACGAAGUUCCUGUUAUUCCUAUGAAGAGACCAAGCGUCUACUGCUUCCCAGAAUCCUCCACGGUCCAGCUUUCCGACAACCACAGGGUACCCAUGAAAGAACUCAAAAUUGGAGACCGUGUAAGAACACUUGACGCAAGAGGUUACCAUGGUUAUAGCGACGUCAUAGGGUUUUUGCAUCGGGUAGAUGGACAUGUUAUCGAUUAUCUGUCAAUCAAACUCGCAAAUGGCAAGCAUCUACGCGUGUCCGAUAAGCAUUUGGUUUUUAAAGGAAAAAUGGACUCUAGAAGAUUCGAAGAAAUUUUUGCUUCGCAAGUGAAAGAGGGAGACUAUCUGGUAACCGAAGAAGGUUCCGAAAACUCAAAAGGGGUAAGGUUAAGUCGAGUGUUACAAGUUACCAUGACAACUGGAAAAGGUGUGUACGCACCGCUGACCAGGGAUGGUACUAUGCUCGUGGACGGCAUACUCGUCUCGUGUUACGCUCAUUGGGACUCGCACCAGGUCGCUCACGCGGCUGUUUGGCCGCUGAGAGCCUGGGCUAAUGUCAAGGCGGCGUUCGGCUCAUUCAUUGGUUGGUUUCCGGUCAGUCAGCCAGUUUCUGGUAUUCAUUGGUAUGCAGAAAGCUUAAUAAGCAUGGUGCAGAUGUUUAGCCAGCUAAAAUGAUUGUGAUAUCAAUGGUGAAAUGAGUCGCAGGGGACUAAAAAGGCGAGGACCUCGCAUACUAAAUACUCCAUGGGUGACGCAUUGAGCCUGCGCAGUUGACUGUCCCCUUACUUUAGGAGCGGAAUGUAGGCUCAAGACGCAGAUGAUUUUAAAAGAACAAAAUGCCAAAUGAGAUGCAGCCAGACAUCUGUAUCGGGAACAGUUGUAUUCGUACAAAUCAAAUGUGUCUAGAGAUCUCAUUUUCAAUGUUCAAUUGCCCGUGUAUUUGUCGCGCAAUAUUCACGCAGGCUCUGCGAGGUCGUUUUAUAAUUUAUAAUAAAGAAUAUAACGUACAGUAUAACAAUUUUCGAAAAGAAACAAGAUAUAUCACUUAUUUCAAAUAAGGUAUUUCAAAUAAUGGGUACCAUAUAUAAAUGGCUCGAAUCCUUGUCUCUGAAAUCAGCAAGAAUGCUACAACUUUACAAACCUGGAUUUAUUUUAACUUAUACUUGAAUUUGUUUGUUUGUUACCCAUGUAGCAAUGCGGGCUAAGACACAUGGAUUCUAUGAGUGCAACAUAUUUGAAAUAGGUGCAUAACUGCACAUACUAUGGGAGAAACAUCCUCAGAAAACCAGGGGCGAGUGAAACGUUAGAGCAAAAUACCCCUGGGUUUCCUAGGAUGUGGGAGAAAUAAAAUUAUAACAUAAAAAAAUGUAAAAAGAGCCAGUCCUUAGCAACAUAACAAAUUAAAUCGCAUGGAUUUACUUAA